GAAAGCAGCGGGGCAGCGGAUGUAGCGGCAGCAGUCUACGGCACAGUGGCAACAAUGUAGCAGUCAACGCUUCAGACUUGUUAAAGAAAGGCGUUUUAAUCGUCACACUCGUUUAUAAAAAGUUCCGGGAGGUGAAAAUGCGUUUGUAACCACAACUGUGCGUUUUGUCGGCGAAUAACGACACGGAGGGGAAGCCGAAGCUCAAGGGGCGCUGCCUAAGCCCCGCUUGAAGGUUCGGAGGAGGACGUCGGGCUCCCUUUCUGAUUUACCGAGCGCGCGCCGCGGUUUUGUCAGCGUUUUAAUGGCUCCGCUCGACCUCUGGGGCGCCACGGGAACGCCGGAGACGGGCGUGUAGCGGCAGCGGACACCCGGGGAGCAGCCUGCGGCGUCACCGCCCCGUCCUCCCCCCCACCACCCCACCUCUCCAGCUGCACCGACGGCACGGGAACCAGAAGCGGCGGGCGGAGACCGUCGGCGGGCACCCGCGUACAAAAUGGGGAACACGACAUCCUGCUGCGUGUCGGCGAGCCCCAAACACCGGAGGAGCAACCACUCCAGGCUGGAGCCGUACCGGCCGGAGCCGGAGCUGAGUCGCGAGGACACGGGCUGCAAUCUGCAGCACAUCAGCGACAGGGAGAACCUAGACGACCUGCCCAUGGAAUACAACCCAUCAGAUCAUCCCCGGGCCAGCACCAUCUUCCUCAGCAAGUCCCAGACGGACGUUUUGAUGCCCAACAAGAGAGUUCGAGAAAAGCGGAAGAGCCUUUACAUCAACCAUUUUACACACAUUUCGGAAAACAAGCAUCAUCCAGGUCCACUGAGGCGAAAGUACAGCUCCUGUUCCACCAUAUUUCUGGAUGACAGCACUGUCAGUCAGCCCAACCUCAAAUACACCAUCAAAUGUGUGUCCCUGGCAAUCUACUACCACAUAAAAAACAGCAUCUCUGUAGUUAGUCUUCAGAGAAACCGAGCACAAGGCGGCUCAACAGGUCGGCAAAAAGACAUCGACGGACAAAUGUUGUUAGACAUUUUUGAUGAGAAGCUGCAUCCUCUCACGAAGUCUGAGGUUCCCGCUGAUUAUGACAAAUACGACCCUGAGCAGAAGCAGAUCUACCGCUUCGUCAGGACGCUGUUCAGCGCUGCACAGCUCACCGCGGAGUGUGCCAUCGUCACUUUGGUUUAUUUAGAGAGGCUCCUAACCUACGCUGAGAUUGACAUCUGCCCUGCCAACUGGAAGCGCAUCGUGUUGGGAGCCAUCCUCUUAGCCUCCAAGGUCUGGGACGACCAGGCGGUGUGGAAUGUUGACUACUGCCAAAUUCUCAAGGAUAUCACAGUAGAGGACAUGAAUGAGCUGGAGCGGCAGUUCCUGGAGCUGCUGCAGUUUAACAUCAACGUACCAUCCAGCGUAUAUGCCAAGUAUUACUUCGACCUUCGCUCCAUGGCCGAGGCCAACAAUCUCAGCUUUCCCUUGGAACCCCUCAGCAGGGACAAGGCCCAGAAACUAGAGGCCGUGUCACGGUUGUGUGACGAUAAGUACAAGGACUUGAGGAAACUAGCCAAGAAGCGAUCAGUGAGUGCGGACAACCUGAUGGUGGUGCGGUGGUGUCCAGCCAUCAUUUCCUAACACUGGCCACUUUCAGAGGAAGAAAUGGACCUUUGUCGUACCGCUUGCCUGAAAAGCAGGGAGGCCAGCUGGGCCCGCUGACUGUGGGUCAGUCUGGAGUAUACACCCACACAACACACAAACCUCCACUCAGACGGGCACCUUGACAAGUGAGUUCGCCCUCUCUCUGGCCGUUGUACAUAGAAGGUCCCGCUGGCUGCCUGGGUCGAACCAAACUAAGCUGAAAGAUGCGGAAUGAAGAUCGGAGCUGCAGGAGAAAAGCAGGCGAAUGGAGGUACAUUGUGAGACUGUUGGAAAAAGCUUCAGCAGCAAAACACACAAGACAAAAGAAUAUCAAAGGCGUUAAAAUCGUUUCUUUGACGCUCAACUGAUAUGUCCAUCUGAUUACUGGAGGUUGAUGACAUUCCUUUAAUCUUACCCCUCUGCUUCCCUCGGUUCUCUUACUGGAUCAUGACAUCAUCAUUUGACACCUCAUACGGACAUUGCAAUUUCUUCGCUAUGUUUGAGAUUCCUUGGCUUGUGUUUUUUUUGCAUUCCCAUCCGAACACACUCAGAAAACAUUGUACAUUCCCUUCUUUCAGUGGCGGCAGAGGUGACACGUUUUUACUAGACUGCAUAUCAUCAAAGCCACCUUAACAAAGUAAGUCCAUCGAGACGUCAUGAGAUCCACCUUCAGGGAAGAUAAACCCACUGAAUAUUCAAUAAAACUGUGGUCAUUUCCCUGAGAAUUUAUCUCACAGCGAAUCAGAUCAGAUUUUACCUCAAGAACCCUUGCCAAUGCUAAUUCAACCUCCAUGUGCUGAAAUACAUCAAGCUCUAUCAACUAAAGCAAUAUUCAUUUCAACUCUGCUGUUAGGAUGAAAUAUGAUAAAGGAUACAAGAGAUUGCCUUGAAGACAAAUGCGAGACAUACUGUAGAGCUCAUGUUGUGUCCACUGCCAUUGCCCUGACCUUUGGUGCCUGUAAUUAACGCUAGUUAAACGCCUCUUCCCUCCCUCUUUCAGGACUAGAACGAUCUUAAUUGUUCUCAUUUGAUGGUUCAUAUUGUGUAUGGUUCUUCCAUCUUAAAAAGAAAUGGCACAAUAUAGGACUUACAGGUAGGAGCCACUAAAAUAUGAUUCUGCACGGUUUUGUUGAUCUGAUGAAGACCAAAAUUAAUAAAAAUAAAAAAAAACAUUCAGCGCUGUUUCAAACACUGCUCAGAAAAUUAGAUUGUGUACAUUUUCUGAAUUUUCUUUGUACAGUGUAAAUUAAUUGCCAGUGUUUAAGGCCUUUAGACUAAAGGUAUGUUGUAAAAAAGAGGAAGCAGAAUGAUGUUAGAGAUAUUUAUAUCAGUUUUUAUGGGGAGUGGUGGGGGGGAAUAAUGUAUGUAUGUAUGAUUUUUGUGCUCCUGUGACAAAUCAAGUAAAAGAAAAAGUGAAGUAUUAAAGUUAAAAUGGGAAACACCACUCAAGAUAUUAUUUGUCUAACUUGUUAACAUUUCCAUGGCAUAAAUCGGUCACUUUUGAAUGCGUUACAUGUGUGUAAAUGGUAUAUUCAUAUCACAAAACCACACUGCUAAAUACAUUUACUUUCAUUUGAAGAUUAUGUUUUUGUUUUUCUUGCAAAAUAUGUAGUAAAGUUCAUUAUACAAGCCAACAUUUUAAAGCUGUACAUCGCAGAAUACUGAGUAAUGUAGAGCUGGAAUACUUCCAUUCAAUUUAACUUUCCCUUCAAUUUUCUGUCAUACAUACAGCUAUUUUUUCUAUUUUUCCUUUACAUUUUCCCAUUGCUUCCAUUUAUUGUUGAAAAAGCCAAACUACUUUCAAUAUUCUAUAUUAUUUAUUAAUUACUGUCCCAGCUCUCUGUCCAGGAAACUAUAAUAUAUAUAUUGUCUCUUGCAGUAUUUUGCUUCAGUGCAAAUUUUAUAAAAAAGAUGGUUAGGGUUAGCUAUGUAGCUAAUGGUUGUUUUCUUUGUUUUUCAUUCAGUUUCUUUUCCCCUUCUUAUUUCAAGGUUAGCUGAUUUUUAUUUUUUAUUUUUGGUGUGAUUUAUUUUCUAGAUUAAAAAUUAGUUGAUGUCAUAGUUUGCUGCCCAGAACGUCUGACCCGUGCGGUCAUUCAUGUCAGUCCAUUUUUUUUAGCUAGCUAAAUGGCUAUCAGCUUUUCAGCUAGCUAUGUUGCUAGUUGGAUCAGGUCUUUGGCCUAACUUUUAAGUAAACAUUGUUACUGAUUUAAACAUUUUUGAGAGUGAUAGUGUCAGAUGAGGAAUGAAAAACAAUAAAACAUUAUUUUUUCAUUCACCUAUUUUAUUCCAUUUUAUGAUAAUUUGUAAGUUUCAAGACUCCACAGCAUAUGCAUUUGCUGUAAACAAGCAAACAGUAUUUUUCCACAAACCCUCACUUCUUGUGAAAGACAGAAAAGAAAAAAAGAAAGAUCCUGUGAACUGUCUAAUUAAAUAUAAUUGUUGGAGCAUAUUGAUGAGCUUGUAGGAGAAGCUUUUUUUUUCUUCUAUUUUCUUUAUACCAGUGCUUGUUUGCCUUAUGAUCAACUGCACUCUCAUUCCUUCAAGACAUUACUGAUGAAAUAGUGUAGGCCGAACAUUUUUUAAACAAUGUGUAGAUGCCUGGCAAACCGUUUCUAUUGCCUUUUUCUAAAAGACAAAGGUCUGACAAAGUUUCAUUUUCAACUUGUAUAUCAUUGUAUCUUCCAUGUUCUGCGCAUUUCAUUGUCAGCCUCCACGGUUGUACUUUAUGUUGCACUGUUAGUCAAACUGCUAAAGGAACCAGUCCUUUGUUCAGCUCCGUCACGCUGACCUCCACGAACGAGAAGGGAAAGAACUGAACCAAAGCCUGGGAGGAAUGUAGGAAGGAAGGUGCUUUUAAGUGUGUAGCUCUGACUCAGUCCACUUGCACAUUAGUUUUAUAAAGGAGUCUACUCUUUAAAAGAGUUCGGGUGGGGCUUUGAAUGAGUUCGAAAUAUGCGUCUGUUGGAAAGUGAUGUUACUAGAGUUGCUCAAAACUGUCUUCAGAUUGUAUAUCGUAUUUAUUGUUUGUGUGUGUGCAUACAGUGCAGCCCAGUGCUGUUAACACCAAGAAGUGAGCAUUGAUGCCGUGUGGCCAACGUUGGUGAGUGGAUGGGAAAUGUACUAUUGUGACAGUGAAGACCAGGAGCUUGGGUCGCUUUGUUGGCUCCUUACUAGAUGGAUGUCACAGCACUGAACUCUACCUCUGCAUAGAGAGUUAUCUUUUUUUCUUCCCCUUUCUACUAUAAAAUGUGUUUGAUCGCCAUGCUAACCGUCCCCCACUGUAUCUGAAUGUUUUAUCUUUUCUUAGGUUUUUCUUUUCCUUAUGGAUGGAUAUUUUCAGUGAGUUGUAUUCUGUAAUUUUGUUUUUGUGUAUCCCAGUGAGUCUAAUCUGUUUUUAUUCUCGUUCUCAGUUUGCCAAAAUAGUUUUUUUUUAUGUGUGUGUGUGUCCUCUCACCUGUGAUUUCUUUGUCUCCAUUCCACCUCUUAAGCAAUGUUUAGGAAGAAAAUAUUGCAGGAAUUAAAAAGUCAGUUCUUGCUAAA